GCGACUGUACACAAUCAAACUAGUAUUUGGAGGCUUUUGUGUACUUCAAGCCCAUGGCGAUAGCCUGUGGUCGAUUUUUCCGCUUUCUGCGAGCUAUCUUCGCUCCAGCCGCGACUAUCAUUGGAUUCGGUCUUCUCUUGACAUGGAUAUUCGUCCUUUACCAGCCAAUAGUGGGCCCAGGAGAACUGCAACGAUUAGGAUGGCAAGCUUGGGAGCCCGUAUCUGAUACCAAACUUGCAUCUGGGACCGGUUCUAGCGCGGAAGAACAAAGCUCUGUACCAGGAAGUGAUGUACCGAGCAACAAUGAUGGUGUCGAUUGGUGGAACGUGUCAACUCAGAGUACUGAACCGGAUACAGCAAGCUUACCUUUGGACGUCUGGUCGCCCUUGUUGAAUCAUGUAACGGGCUUAACAGAGAUUACGGUCGCAAAAUGCAUGCUGCCCCAGGCGUUAUCUUACCUCUGCGUUCCUGAUUCAACUCCAGAGGCAGAUGCUAUCAAGGGCAAGUGGGUUCGUGUAGAACGGGAUUUGAAUAGGAUGUCUGGAUUCUGGUCACUUUAUAUUUAUUACCGUCGAAGCCGUCGACUGGACGUUGACCUUGUCAAUGAUAUUGUACUUCUACCUAAAGGCGAGGAGCCGACAACACAAGACAAUUGGCGCAAAGUAGACGUCUCCGUUCGUGAUGGUGUCCCUCGUGCGCCACCACUAUUCCUAUGGUAUAAAUUAGGACCAAGGAUGUCCUACUUGUCUACGGAGGAAAAAUCAAAUCUGAUAACGGAAUUGGAUGUCCUAUUCGGUGAUGAUCGGCCAUGGUACGGCUUUGAGAAGCUCGACCCACCAACAACGGAAGGCAGGGAAGGACACUUAGACACUGCAUGGCUCACUUAUCGACGCGGAGUAAAACGCCCUCCUCGCGCUCCACCCUUGCAUUUCUCCAGGGACGGGAAGUUCAAGAUCCUUCAAAUAGCGGACCUACACUUCUCGGUAUCCCAAGGAAAAUGCAGAGACGUUUCGUUCAGUCCGUGUACGCAUUCAGAUAAUCUUACACAUACUCUUCUGGGGCAUGUUCUGGACGAAGAGAAGCCAGAUAUGGUCGUGUUCACUGGUGACCAACUGAAUGGACAAGGAACCUCAUGGGAUCCACGCUCAGUUCUGGCCAAAUUCGCCAAUGCCGUGACCGAUAGAAAGAUCCCUUGGGCUGCAGUAUUUGGAAAUCAUGACUCAGAGAAUGGAAUGAACAGGGAGGAUCAGAUGGCACUGCUGCAGGGAAUGCCUUACAGUGUGACGCAACGGGGCCCGAAGGACGUUCAUGGCGUUGGCAAUUAUGUUCUCAAGGCGUAUAGCGCAGACUCUUCGAAAAUGCAUCUUUUGACAAUGUACUUCUUGGAUUCGGGAUCCUACUCCGCGGGUGUUUGGGACUGGUUCGGAUUCUUCCAUCCAACUGAGUACGACUACAUACGAGAGAAUCAAAUCAGUUGGUUCUUGCAGGAGUCAGCCUCGAUUAAGCCCAUAGAAAGACCGUUCACUCCUGACGGAGCAAGCGACUUUGGUGACAUUUGGGAACGUCAAUCCGCGAGUCAAGUCACACCGGGUACUAAGAAACUAGCAAAGCCUAAUGCACUUAUGUUCUUCCAUAUUCCUCUGCCGGAAAGCUAUUCCACUCCAGACGUUGAUUCAAAUACGGGUAUUCCUCUGGACAUUGGUAUUCACGAUAUAGAGGAUCCUGGAAAUGCCAAGAAAAACGACGGUUUCUUUGAUAAGGGCAUUUUGCAAGCAUUAGAAACCGACCAUAGCGCAGGGGGUAAUGUGAAAGAAGUUAAGGUCAUCGGUAACGGGCACUGUCACGUUACUGAGAACUGCAGAAGAAUCAGAGGAGUUUGGCUGUGCUUUGCUGGUGGAGGCUCAUACUCCGGGUAUUCAAAGAUUGGAUUCGACCGCCGCUUCAGGAUAUAUGAUAUCUCAGAUUACGGCGAGACGAUCCGUACGUACAAACGGACCGAAAAGGAUGAGAUCCUAGACGAAAUGACGUUAGUUGGUAAAGACGCUGCGUCUCCUUACGAAGGCACGACCUAGGUCCGGCAUCAUGUUAAUCACUAAAAUUCUUGUAUUAUAU